AUGUCAUGGCGCCCGCAGUACCGCAGCUCCAAGUUUCGGAACGUCUACGGGAAGGUGGCGAGCCGGGAGCACUGCUUCGACGGCAUCCCCAUCACCAAGAACGUCCACGACAACCACUUCUGCGCCGUCAACGCCCGCUUCCUCGCCAUCGUGACGGAGAGCGCCGGUGGCGGCUCCUUCCUCGUCAUCCCUCUCGAGCAGACAGGCCGGAUCGAACCGAACUACCCGAAAGUUUGUGGUCACCAGGGCAACGUGCUGGACAUCAAGUGGAAUCCCUUCAUUGAGAACAUCAUCGCGUCGUGCUCCGAAGACACCUCGGUGCGGAUCUGGGAGAUCCCCGAGGGUGGCCUGAAGAGGAACAUGACGGAGGCCGUCCUGGAGCUGUACGGGCACAGCCGGCGCGUCGGCCUCGUUGAGUGGCACCCCACCACCAACAACAUCCUCUUCAGCGCCGGCUACGACUAUAAGGUCCUCAUCUGGAACCUGGACAUCGGGGAGCCAGUGAAGAUGAUCGAUUGUCACACGGACGUCAUCCUCUGCAUGUCCUUCAACACCGAUGGCAGCCUCCUGGCCACCACCUGCAAGGACAAGAAGCUGCGGGUGGUGGAGCCGCGCUCCGGCAGGGUCCUGCAGGAGGCCAGCUGCAAGAACCACCGCGUCAACCGGGUGGUCUUCCUGGGCAGCACGAAGCGGCUGCUGACGACGGGGGUGUCGCGCUGGAACACGCGGCAGAUCGCCCUCUGGGACCAGGAAGACCUGUCCAUGCCCCUGAUAGAGGAGGAGAUCGAUGGGCUCUCGGGUCUCCUCUUCCCGUUCUACGAUGCUGACACUCACAUGCUCUACUUGGCUGGCAAGGGGGAUGGCAACAUCCGGUACUACGAGAUCGGCUCGGAGAAGCCCUACCUGAGUUAUCUGAUGGAGUUCCGCUCCCCGGCCCCGCAGAAGGGACUGGGGGUGAUGCCGAAGCACGGGCUGGACGUCUCGGCCUGCGAGGUCUUUCGUUUCUACAAGCUCGUGACGCUCAAGGGGCUGAUCGAACCCAUCUCCAUGAUCGUGCCGAGGAGGUCGGAAACGUACCAAGAGGACAUUUACCCCAUGACUCCGGGUACGGAGCCAGCCCUCACGCCGGACGAAUGGCUCAGCGGGGUGAACAGAGAUCCCAUCCUGAUGUCGCUGAAGGAGGGCUACAAGAAGACAUCCAAAAUCGUCUUUAAAGCGCCGGUGAAGGAGAAGCUCCUUCGGAUGUUCUUCCGACAGCAGGACGAGAUCCGCCGGCUGAAAGACGAGCUCGCGCAGAAAGACAUCCGGAUCCGACAGCUCCAGCUGGAGUUAAAAAACUUACGUAACAGCCCGAAGAAUAAUUAACUUCCAGGGACGUUUUAUAAAUAAACUUUC